AUGCCUCGUCUUUACCACCGUUCACAGCUCGCCGUACAUAUCAAGUGGGCUAUCUGUGCCCACCAUGUCGCAAACCCCCAGCUGCGCCACGUCAACCUUGCGCGCUGGUGUUUUACUCGCUUCGGCAUUAGGCCCGACCGGUCGAUGAUCGGGCGCGUUCUGAAAGGUGCGGAACGAUGGGCUGCAACGGCGACGGACAACAACAUCGUCCAUGUGCGGGGCGGCGCACACCCCGCACUUGAGCACGCAAUGGUCGCUUGGAUUGCCAAUGCGGGGCCGGCCGGCGUUCCACUCACGCUCGCGACCAUCUGCGAUCACGUCGCGAACAUGGCCCGCGACAUGGGCGGCGUUCCUGCGGAAUUUUGGUGCUCCAUCGGCUGGGUACGCCGUGCGUUGCGUCGCCAGGGCGUCCGCUGCCUGAGCGCCGUGGGAGAGGCGGCGGACCAGGACAUGACCGCGGUGCGCACGACUCGUGAGAAGCUUCCGCAGCUGGUGAUGCAUCUCUCGGUAUCCGCCAGGGAUACGUACAACUUCGACGAAACUGCACUUUACAUCUCUGUGCUGCCCCGGAAGACUUACAGCAAUCGGCGCAUGGCCAGACGGAAGAUCCCGAAGGACCGUCUUACCGUCGGCCUCCUCGUCAACGCCGACGGUUCUCAUUCGUUCCGCCCCUUGGUCAUCUCAAAGGCCAAGAGGACCCACGACUUCCGCCCGACUAUAACCCUGACGAGGAGCAUUGUCAUCCUCAUGGACAAUGCUAGCAGCCACGUCCUCAAGUCGGAAGGGGCCGAGACGGAGGACCUGUUCGGAUUCCACACGCGCAAGCUCAGCAACCUCCGCAUCGUGUACCUGCCACCUAACACUACGUGUUUCACCCAGCCCCUCGAUCAGGGGAUCAUUGAGACGGCGAAGGCGCGGUACCGUGCGCAUUGGCUCAGCGCCUUCACUGCGCAGUGGGCCGGCGCCACAACCGCGAUGGCGAGGUACAGGCCGAACCUCCGCAACGUCCUGGCCUGGCUACUCGACGCUUGGAUGAACAUCGAGCGUCGCACGAUUCAGCGCUGCUGGUGGCGCACAGUGUGCCUGCCGCGUGCGUGGGAGAUGCAGCUUGAGCACGUCCGCAACGGCGACGCAAGCGGCAACGGCGCCGCCGCCGGCAACGGCGCCGCCGCUGAGCUCGACGAGGCAGUGGGCGAUGUGGGGAUCCUCAUCGACCGCCUUGGCCUUGGGCCUUCGGCGAUGCCGGCCGCGGAGUUCGUGCGCGUCGACGAGAAUCAGCCGACUUGCGCCGAGCCGGGCGAGGAUCCGCUUGCGAUGGAGCCGCCGAAUGUGCCGGCGCCAGAGAUGUGGGAGGCUCCCGCCAGUAUGCAGGCCGUUUAUGACGAUGCCAAUCUGGCAUGUCGUGAAGCACGGCGCUACGUGCGCGCCGCGAGCGAAAUGCUCAUCGGCUACGCGAAGGCGACCGGCAUCACCCCGCGUGACCUCUGCGCGCUGUUCGACAUCCGCAACCCCAUCAUCAGGGCCCGGAUGGAGCGCGCAAGUCCGCUGCUCAAUCUGAACCAGACCCCACCUCCCGCCACGCCCGUCGGCUCCACCCCGCCGGCGGAGACCCCUCGCCGCCGUGGGCGUGUGCUGCCGGCGUGGAUGACGGCGCCGACCCCGCGUUGGGUCACCCUGGCUCAGCAGGCGGCUCGCCGCCAGGAGCUCAUUGAAGUAGGGGCGCCCGCUGUGAUGGGCGGCUUCCUGGAUGCGGCCGAGUGCAUGAGGCUGUGA